AUGUACCUACAGAAAAAUUUCUGGGAACAUGUGAACACAGUAUGGCAGACGUUUAAACAACAUAUGGAGGACGAGAACGAAGAUACAAUGAUAGAUUUAAUGUGUCACAAGAACCAAGCGCCGGCUGGAAAUGCGCAGGCACAGGGGGAAACCUUCAGUGAGACGAACAAAGCUGUGUGCUGGCUAGUAUUAAAGGCAUUAAGUUUUAAAUAUGGGAUCAAGUGGAUGCGAGGAGGUAAGAACUUGAAUAAUGUGGAGAAGAAGAAUGAUAAUAUAAAGCUGUAUAUGAAAUGUAUUUUAGUGAAUAUAUUUAUGAAAAAAAUAGUCGGGCAGAAAUGUUUAGAGGCUGCUGGUGGAAGGCAAGCAUUUACAGCUGCGACAGCAUUGCUACGGGACAGAGCAAAGGAGGAGCCCAAUAUGGCAUGUGAGACGCAGGACAGGAAGGACGGCAGCAUGCAGAAGUCACAAAACACGGAAAACUGGGAUCCAUGGGAAAUAAUGCACAGAUGGCUUGAGAGGAAUAAGGGAUACUUGACAGAUGGGGAGCAGGGCGUCUUGGGGACGGAAUGCAUAGUACAAAAAGACAAGACUGCACAAGAAAUAAAGAAAGCUGCGAACAACAAAAUUGAGGACGUGGGGCAAGAACUACAGCACGAGGUGAAACAAAUAUUGGAAGAACUAAAUAAAUCCAGAGACAGCGAAAGUAUGGAGAAUAUAAUAAAGAAAGUGAAGCAAGGCAAGGACUCCGCUUCGAACACUCCACCACCACACGCACAACCACCGGGGGAACCACAGGCUACAUCGUCAUCAACAUCAUCAACACCGGGCAGGUCAGAACACGCUCAUGCAGGUAAUGGAGGUGGGGCCGUCGCCACAAACGCCCCGGCCACACCAGCACCAGACAAGCCGCCCGGUAAAGGAGGACAAGAAGUCGCGGCGAAACCGGUGGCAACGAAGCCGCCCGAGCUACAGGAUUGUCAGGGAGACAGAUUAUUGGAGUGGAGGCAAAAGGAAACAUAUGUGCAAGCUAAUUAUGGUAAACAGGAUAUGGACAAAUUACAGAAGGUUUUGAAAGAUUUUAAGGAAUAUAUGGGGAAAAAUGAACAGCACGUAGAUGCGUAUGGUGUAAACUGUUAUAAUUCUGGUUGGGAAGAUAUGGACAACACAUCCACAUUUUACACGCAGCAGAUGGUACCGGACGUAGUCAGGUGUAGACUUAUGACUAUAGCAUUGGGUUUCGCCAAUGGGUGGGGUAGACAAGACAACGCCACGCAGGACGGCGUGCACAUGAGUGAGGAAGAAGAGAAUAGCCUAAGAUGUGAAGUAGUGAAUGUAUUUGGACACUUACUGAAAAAGAAGUAUUGUGAACGCCAACAACAAUGGUACAGAGGUAUCGAAUAUGCAUACAUUGUAAUGCAGAACAUGGGGGAUGAGAAAUUAGGAACGGGACUGCCACCUGGGCCUGUUACGGACAAGAGGUGCACAAUGUGGGGGUAUGAAGGACAUAGGAGGAAUGUGGAAGCAAUAAAUUUGCCUGUAGUGGAGUGGUUAUUGCAGGACACGCAAUUACUUGGAAAAAUAGCACAGAUGCAAAGGGAAAUGCCCUGUAAUACAGAGUGGAAACAGUAUAUUCAGGAGCAAGGCUUGAAAAAUAACAUUACUGAGCAUAGGCAGGCAGAGAGGACUCAGAUAGAGGACAAAGUAGGCAAAAAAGUGAAAACGAAUGCAGCAGAAAUAAUCCAGAGGGCAACGGAAGUGGUAGAGGAGAAAAUUACAGAAUUGAACGAUAGGAACACUAGUGAGAAGGCAACGAGCACGACGGCAGACGCGCCGACACCAGGAGCAAACGUAGCAAGGAAGGACUCGGAGGAUGACGAACCACCAGCCAGACCACCACGACCCCCUAAACCACAGAACGGAAAUGAUCAAGGAGCACCGGGACAGGGAGCAGCAGGAUCGGGGGGCCCAGGACCCGUACCGCAACCCCCACCACCGGCACCACCGCGCGCAGAGGGGACAGGUGGGAACCCUGGAAGUAACAAGCCACAGGAAGGUGAGUUAGACUGCGAAAACGAGGAUUCCAGUGGUGUUCCUUCAGGAACAGAAACCCAUACAGGGUCUAGUGUAAGCGUUUCCAAGGCUCGUCAUGCUAUGCCCGGACAACUUCCCUGUAGUGAGUUGAAGACAUUACUACGUCCACAGCAUAUAACGACUUCCCCUCCUGCUGUCAUAGGUGGCGGAUCCCCGGAACCUCGACCUGCUGGUAAUACUGAAUCCACGGAUACAGAGAGUAAGAAUGGGACAGAAGCAGGAUCAGCACAACCAACACCAGGAGCACCACCAGCAGCACCAUCACCGGCGGUACCUACAGGGGAACCCACACCACAAUCAACAGGCACAGAAACAACAUCAACAGCAAACGCCGGGGACGGUAGUACGCGUGACACGCAGGAUGCCGUCAUCGAUAAAGGAAACGAUGACCCCCCUCCUCUCAAUCCACCCAAACCAAAACCAGAAACCACGCACCCCAAUCAAUCGGGGAGCACCGUCCCCGGCGCGGGCGCACCAUCCUCAGGAGGUGGUGCAGAUGGAGUUUCUGGUCGGGAAGGACAGGGAGGUGCAGGUGAUGGGGGAGGUGGUGCAGGUGCAGCAGGUGCUGGAGCAGGUUCAACUGGGCCUGUGAAACCAAAUUCCUCAGGCACCGAUUCUACCGGUCAUGGUACUGCCACUACAGGAGGUGGACGUGCUGCUCCUACCCCUGCCAACCCUUCCGUGCCGCCCGGCCUCACAUGGGAAGAUGUCAAGCCAUACACCCCCGCGAUCAUUCCCGCGGUGGUUGGUAUUGGCGUCCUUGCGUUCUUCCUAUGGAAGUAUUUUGCCUACCUCGCCAAACGACGACGAAAGUUUCGAACCGUGCGUGACGUGCCAUCACCGCCACUCGACGAAGAAAUAUUGGCGCAUCUACAACGCGGCGAACUGCCACCACCCGAUUACGGGUACACGAUGAUUAGGGAUACGAAACCUGCAUCUGCUGCCGAACGACGCGGCCAACGCCCACCACGCGUGCAUAAGCGCACCAUCAUCGAGCUACAUCUAGAAGUGCUCAACGAAUGUGAAGCGACCGAGUGGGAAAACGUCAAAGACGACUAUUUGCAAAUUGUCGUGGAGGAGUUUGCGCAGCAUUUGAUGCGGGACGGAAAGGGGUAUAGUAGUUCCUUGGAUGCUCCUAUCACAAACCAGGAUUUAUCAGGGAACAAUGUUGCAUCCACCCUCGAUCCACCCACUGACACCGCUGUAACGGAUGCAUGCCCAUUGAAUGACCCCGAUACAUGGAGUUGUAUGGAAACCAUACAGUUAGCAACGGACCCUUGGCGCCCUAACGCACAGGACCCAGAUCCAUGGAGUUGUAUGGAAUCCAUACAGUUAGACACGGACCGUGCUCCGCCUAACGAAGAUGACCGAUGCUGUUGCAUGGAAACCAUACAGUUAGCAACGGACCGUUCUCCACCUAACGAAGAUAACCCAUGGCGUUGUAUGGAAUCCAUACAGUUCGAACCAGAACAGCGUCCCGCUACUAGUCCCGGGCAUGUGACGUCGGAGUGCACCCAAUGGAUUAACUGGAUUGACCGCAACAAGCACCUAUUGCGGGCGUGCACAGGGCAAACGUGGUUUUUGCAAUUAAAAGCGGAUUGGAAACAAUACCUGCGUGCACACAUGGUGGCAAACGAGGAUAACGGCGUACACGGGCAGCGUGAAUUCGGUGAUGCGGCAACCCUGCCGAUGCAGAAAGUGCGGUUGUGGAAAGAAUGGGUUGCCCAACAACAUCGGCAUGUGAGUACAUACAGUGAAGAGGAGUGGUUUCAACAUUUGUUAGAAAAUAUCGAGGAGGCGACAGCCUCGCACAAAGGCGAAGUACCUAUAGUGGAAAACGACUUAGAAGUGGAAAAAGUAAUGGCAGCAGCAUAUAUGCUACGCGUGAGAGAUGCUCCAGAGUUCCAACAACUGCAUCCGCAAUCUUACAUGAAAAAACGGUUAACCGCUCAAACAUGGAUACUGAUCCUGGCAUUAGUCCUAGCACAGUGCGAGCUCGAGAGUAGUAUGCAACAGAGGGAGUUGUAUGUGGAUGCUUUAUUACAGAAUAUGCGACAUUAG